GCAUAUUUUGUGUGUGGCUUUGCCGAGUGUGUUAGGAAGAGCAAAGAGCAAAUUCUAAAUAAAUAUUCAAUAACGACAAAAGCAAAUCGUUAAGAAUGCAAAAAAAUUAUUUGCAAGCACAACAAGCAUAUUAAAAGUAAAGAAGAAAUACAAAAAAUUAAAUAGUUUAUAAAUAGUGCACAAACAAGGCGGCACAUUUGGGCAGCAGCCGCAAAUAAGAAUUGUCAGGCGGCGCGGCGGCUUUUGCGUCUGUCUCUGUCUCUGCCUCAGUCUCAGUCUCUGCCAGUGCUGUGUACAUCUGUGUGUGUGUGCGUGGCGUGCUUGUGCGUCGCUGUGUUUGUGUCCGGCCGGUGUGUCUGUGUCUGCCGGCCUUCGUCUUCGUCUCCGCUAGCGUCGCAGUCACCGUCAGCGUCAGCGUCAACCGCUGCGGCAACGUCUGUAUCUGUAUCCGUCGGUUUCGUCUCGUCGUAUCCGUCUCUCUGUCGUCGUCAAGAUAAAAGUUAAGAAUACACAAAUGCGAAAUUCAAAUGUAGAAAUUCUAUUGCGCCUCCCAAGUGUGUGCCCCGUUAAAAAAGUGGAAAUUAAUUUAUGGCAAAAAUUAAAAUAAGUGAAUACUAACAACAACAACAACAGCUACUACUACUAAUAUACGUCAACUGCCGUCGCUGUCACUCUCGUCGUCAAGUCAAAGUGCGCACAAGUUGAAAUCCUGGCAAAGUUUUAUAUUUAGAUAGAAAAUAAUACAAAUUUAAAUAUUGUGCCCGUCCCUUCGGCUGCGCGUUGCUGCAACAGCGUCCAACGUCAACGUCAACGCCAGCGGCAGCGACGACGCUGGCGGAGCGCAACACGCGCGCCAUCAUAACAGAAAAAAAAGCUCUUACGCUCAGCAAAGAGAGAGCGCAGCGCGCCGUCGGCAAAUGUAGGAAAUCAAAGAUGAGAUAUACGAGAAAUGUACAAAGUGCCAAAUUGUUUAACAAGUAUUCAUAAUAAUAAUUGCAAUAAAUAUUGAGAACGAAGAAAAUGUUGUCUCCGACUUGAAUUUAAGAAACAACAACAACAGCGACAACAACAACUAGCAGCAAGAGCGAAACAAUCGAGCGACUUAACGAUAUUAAUACAAUGACCGAGUACGUGACGCCGAUGAUCAGCAGCGUGCUGAAAAAGUAUCAGAAUAGUGCAACAAAGAGUUUGCAGGGUCCAGCCCUGGCACUUAUCAAAAAGGAAAUUCUCAGCUCACCGGAGCCACAUGAGCUCCAUCAGCAGCAGCAUCCACAUGAGGCAAGCAGCACGGCUGGUGCGAUUGUGAACAGCGAUCGAUCACAAAUCUAUGCAGCUCCAUUGCCGCUGCCACCGGAAUUAUCGCAGCCGAUAUUGUCACAGCCAGAUUCGGGAUGUGGUGAGCUGUAUGAGACACGGCUGGAGGGCAAGACAAUUGGAUGCUUCUCGCUGGGUGGAGAGAUGCGUUUGUGCUUGCCACAAUUUCUCAACAAUGUGUUGAAUGACUUUACGCUCGAGCAGAUCAAUCGCAUCUUUGAUGAGCUGGGCAUCUAUUGUUCACAGUGUACGCCCGAUCAACUGGUGGAGUUCAAGGCCGCCAAGAUCCUACCGUCGGAUGUGAAGGCCAGCGGACUGAUAACACGCACCGAUGCGGAGCGACUUUGUGCCGCAUUGUUGCAUCGAUCGGAUCGGAAUAGUUAUGUGCCCGUGGAGAGUCUGGCUAAGGGAGCGCUCAGCUUUCAGGUGUAUCACAAGUGCUUUGGUAAAUGCGAGGGCAUUUGUACGCCGGACAUGUACUCCUACCAGAAGCCCACGUGCAUCAAGUGCCUGGAGUGUGAGGGUUGGUUCUCGCCACAGAAAUUCGUGGGACACGUUCAUCGCAAAUUCGAGAAUCGCACCUGCCACUGGGGAUUCGACUCGCGCAAUUGGCACGAUUAUCUCCAUGUGGCGCUCGAUGUCGAGAAUCGCGAGAAAUAUCAACGCAUUUUGGAUGAACUGAAGGAGGUCGAAUUAAAGGAAAUGCACAAGGCGCAAUGCGAAUUGGAUCAUAAAAAACGAAAGGCGGAAAUGCUGAUGGAGGAUGUAUUGCUGGGGCCUUUGGGUUUGGUGGCGCCUCCAGCACCGCCAGCAUCGCAUCAGACGCUGUCCGCGGGUUUGAAGCAUCACCAGCAUCAGCAUCAGCAUCAUCACCAUCAACGUGGUGCGGCUGGCGUUGGCGUUGCCGUCGCAGUUGCCCCUGUGGAGCUGUUGGACAUUCCAAGCAAGAAGCACAAGGCACUGGACACCUAUCAUCCACAUUUGGACAUUCAAAGCUAUCAGCUGUUGUACGCCCGUUGCAUGCAGCAACAGCAGCAACAGCAGCAGCUGGAACUGGAGCGGGAACGGGAGCGUGGCAGGGAACGGGAACGUUUGGUGAGUCAGCAGCUGGCGAGCAGUGCGUUUCAGCCCUGGAGAUCGGCAAAGCCACCGCCAGCUGCCAUCCUGCAUGCAUACAAUGCGUUAUCCUCGCUGCCAUAUGCCUGCCAAGAGCCACCGGAACUGCAGAAUCCCGAGCGUGUGGUGAGCAGCAAGGAUCUGAAUCGUUUCGAGCGCUCGUAUCAGCCAAAUGUGGCGCUGGCGCCGCGCAAGAGCAUUCUGAGCAAGGAGCGGGAACGGGAGCGAGAGCGAGAGCGGGACAAGGAGCGCGAACUGGAGCGACAACGUCUCAGAGAGCAGGAGCAACAACGGGAGCUGCAGCUGCACAUUAAACAGGAGCGAGCGACAACGCCGCCAGCUGGCUUGGAGCCACACAACGGUGGCAGCAACCACAGCAACCACAGCAAUCACAGCAACCACAGCAGCAGCAGCAGUAACCACAGUAACCACAGCAACCACAGCAACCAUAGUAAUCAUAGCAACCAUAGCAACAGCUCAACAGCAGCUCACCUAUGCCCAAACCCGCGCCCGCCCAUCUGCCCGCGCCACCACCGCCCCCGCCCAGCCAUACCACGCCCACAGCAGCGCCGCCUGCAGCGCGCCACGUGCCACGCAGUCCCGCCGAGGAGUUCUCGGCGGGCAGCAAUGAGAUUACCUCCUCCACAUCGCCGGUGCCAACGUCAACGUCAACGCCAGCGUCAAAGCCAACACCAACACCAACAGCAACAACAACGCCAACAGCAACAACAACAACAAAAGCGCACAACAACCACAUUAUUGCCACCGUUAAUCAGCAUGCUAAGUUGUUGCCCACCAGCAGCAAUCACCACCACAGCAACAACAGCAACAACAACAACAAUGCACACAGCGAACCAAGUCGCAUUAGAAUCAACAAGAAUCUAAUGAUGAGCCAACAGCAACAACAGCAACAACAACAACAACAUCAUCCUGCAACAAUAACAGCAACGAAUGUGGCACUGCAACCACCGUUGCCACAUCCACAUCCACAUCCACAUCCAAGUGGUGUCUUUUACAAGACGCUAAGCUCAGCGGGUUA